GUUUCAGGCUCUUCCAGCAGCAGACCGGACUUUUGCCAGCGCAUACCUGCCAGAUGCCCCUCCCCUUCUCCCCCCCGCCCCCCCUCCCUCGCACUCCCCUGUCUCUCUCCCCUUGUCUCGCUCCACUCAUUCAUCCCUCGUUCUGCCAGUUACAAGGCAGAGAGUGUGGCUGAAGGACACGGCACUACGCUCAGAUUCGGUGGAUGGACUUGGAGAGCCUGAUCCGACAUCGGGUAGAUACCAUCACACCAUCAUCCCUUUCCUUCUUCCACUCUUUGAAUGUCACCUCCAUGUCUGGAAUGAUGGAUCGCUUCAUAUCUUUUCUCUCACUUCUCCCAGGAUGAAGUCCACACUGUGAUGCCAGAGGGGCAUGAAUGACUCUAAACGGGGGUUGUGGGGGGAAAAAGGGGCUACUGCCUUAUUUCGCCGAGCUUAUACCUCAGGUCUGCACUUCUUGAACUUGCGCUGUCAUUCUGUGGAGCCGUGACAGGAGGAAAUGCUCACUGGACUGUUGACGUUUGGGACAAUGUGGGCUUCUCAUCCACAGUACUGGUCUGAACCGACUCCAUUUUUGUCUGGAUUCCACAAUUUGGCAAAUGGUAGAACCAAACUUCCCUGUAGCUGAAGGGAAAAGGGGGUAGUGCCACGUUGGACUGGAACUAAUUUAUUUGGGUGAUAAAAAUAUGACCUAUCCAAAUAGAAGAAGGCAAACAAAUCAAGGCUUUUUCCUGAUUUGAAUCUUCAAAUUCAGUAUUUGGGAGUUCACCCAAUCUUUUCUUUCCUCCAUCUUCAUCUUUUCCUGGUGUUCCAGCUCAUCAUCAGAAGACGUCCCCUAGCCCUGCUCCGUCGCCCUGGGUGAGCGGGCAGGGGGGUGGCCCACAGUACCCCCCGACAUCUGGGCGUCAGCAGGCCGGCGGCGGCUGGUGAGGAAGCGGCAGAGCCUGUGGUGGGAAGAUGGCCGCCCUUGCCAGCUCCCUCAUACGGCAGCGUCGGGAGGUCAAGGACCCCCAGACCAACCGGCAGAUUGCCAGCAAGAGGAAGCCGUGUCCGAAAAGCAACAAGUCACUCUGCCAGAAACAAAUCCUUAUUUUAAUAUCGAAGGUUCGAUUAUGCGGCAGUCGAGGGAGAAAAAUGGAAAAAAGACCGGAGCCGCAGCUGAAGGGCAUCGUCACGCGGCUCUACUGCCGACACGGCUUCUACCUCCAAAUGCUGCCAGACGGAACCAUGGAAGGCACAAAGGACGAAAGCAGCUCCUUCUUGCAGUUCAACUUGAUUCCUGUGGGCCUCAGGAUAGUGGCCAUCCAGAGUACUAAGGCGGGGCUCUACGUGGCCAUGAACAGCGAGGGCUACCUCUACACUUCGGAACACUUCACACCAGAAUGCAAGUUCAAAGAGAGUGUGUUUGAGAACUACUAUGUCACCUACUCGUCCAUCCUGUACAGACAGACACAGUCAGGUCGGGCCUGGUACAUCGGCAUCAACCGAGAUGGGCAGGUCAUGAAGGGGAACCGUGUCAAGAAGACAAAGGGAGCUGCACAUUUUCUACCUAAACUCAUUGAAGUGGCCAUGUAUAGAGAACCGUCCCUGCACGAAGUCGCUGAGCAGAGUCCACCCAGGAAGACGCCCAAGACAUCCAGCGACUCGCCUGUGCUCCAGAAUGGCAAGAAAGACACUGAAACCAAAACGAAAACCUCAUCUUCCUAGCGCUUACAGACAAACAAUGGAGGGACGAAGCCCCCGAAGGACACCUGAACAGAGUUGCCAGAUUAAGGAUCCCUUUGAGACUCUUUGGCUACUAUAACGGGUACAAGGCCUCAAAACAAUAAUUGCUGUCCACUUUAAUGUCCGAACCUUGGUGUGAAAAAAAAUUGGGAAGCAAUAACUUCAAAGAGAGGCAUCAUAAUAUGGAAGAGGUGAAUCCAGGGUUUCCCCUUAAUGUAUUUGAUCGUGUCGGUGCACCACGACAACAUAUUAGCCACAACACCUUAAAAAUUUGCAGUUUUACAUGAAAACUAAAUAAUAUAAUAUAAUGUGUUGCCGCGUCCAUAAGACACACUAAGUUUGAUACUCUUUUUAGAUUUUAUUGCCAAUUUUAUGCUAACAACGGGCCCAGUUCCAACAAGCAUUUUCUCCGCGCACACACAUCUGUCUCUGUACACACAACAACACUUUGACAUUUUCCACCAACACUGUGUGUUCACAAACCAUGGGAAAAAUUAACAUCAUAACACACUAACAUACACAUUAACACCAGCAGGUAUUUACAGUAUGAAUGGAGAUUUAUAUAGUCUUUUAGUUGCGCACUAUUGAUUAGUGAUGCACCGAAAAUCUGGCCGCCAAAAAACUACGUACUUUGGUCACCGGAACAGCUCUGCCAAACCCAAAUGUGAUGUCAUAAGCCAUAUGCAAAGGGUUGUCUGGAUCGGAGGAAGCAUGUCUGCAAUGUUGACAUACUUUAAUAUAUCCAAGAUAAACAGUGAUCUACCCAAUUUAAGAUGACAGUGGCGGCUUUUAAGGAGUGGAAGGUUCCACGCAGCGCAAAGCAAGUGUGACGUCAGACUCGCUGCAAUCCAAAAAGGUUCAUUAGGUCUUCAAAUAGUUAUUGAAUUUGUUAUUCUUAUAGCUACACCUGUGUGUUUAUUUCCGUACCUGACGGUUUCGGCUAAAACUGUUGCCUUCCUUAGAGUUUGUAACGUGAUGAAGGCAACAGUUGUAGUCGAGAAGGUCAUGUACGGAAAUAAACAGACAUGUUUGGCUAUAAGAAUAACAAACUGCAGACUCACCGCAGUUCGCUUUUUGUCACGGACAAAGAGCGACAAGAUAAUUUCUAAACAUGAGUACAGUUUACAAUAACACCAGGAAUAAAUGCUAGAUUUGUUUUUGAUUUUAAUAUAAAAAAAAUAAUAAUAAAAAAAAAGGACUGAAAGGAUUGGCGAAAUCGCUACAACCAAUUACAUUGUACAAUUCAAAAAUCAUGCAAAACGAUAUUUAAGAAAAACAUAUUUUCAUAGAAUUAUUAACACAUUUUCAAUAUAUCUAUGUAUGUAUGUAUACAUUUUUUUGCCUUUUUAAAGACAAUGCAUCAUCGCAAAUAAUGUAAUGGCGUCAUACUGACCACGUCCAUACCCAGGCCCUUAACCACGCCCCCACCGUCACAGAUAUCUUGGCAAUCUAGGGGAAACCCCGGAAUCAGAUGCUUUCUUGUCAUAAUCAUUAACUAUAUUUCCCAGUUGGUCCAGCAGCCGAAUCUUCCUGGUGUUUCUCACGAGUGCAAUGGUAGAACGUGGUUUUGGUUUGACUGGUUCUACAGCCAUCUGCGUCAUCUAUGCAUGUCUGGAAGUUUUACCGUGGCCCUAUUUGUGUGUAUGUGCGUGCGUGUGUGUGUGUGUGUGUGUGUGUGUGUGUGUGUGUGUGUGUGUGUGUGUGUGUGUGUGUGUGUGUGUGUGUGUGUGUGUGUGUGUGUGUGUGUGUGUGUGUGCAUGCAUGUGCGUUCCAUUUACCACAAGUCUGAUUUGUUGAGUUUGUGAGAUGUACUCAAUUUUCUACUCAGUGUUAAUAGAGUUGAUUGGCAUCCGUCAACUCUUUAAUGAGAAGCGUAGAAAGCAUCCUCAGUACAUUGUGCAUUCAUACAAACGCACUUGAUACAGUAUAAAUGAUUUCCCUAACAAAUACACACAAGGCGGCGUAGUGAUGUGAAGCUUUAGACUGUUGAGGAAGAUUACAAUUAGCAGAUGAUAAAAUGGUAUACUUGUUAUAUUUUUGCUUGUAUGUUGAUGACAUGUUUGAAGCAAAAUUGAAAUGACUGACACACAAAUCAUUGAGAUGAGAAACAAAUGUCUAAUUACUGACAUAUGAAAGACUACCCUAUAGAGAUCCCUUUACUUUAUUCCCCAAAUCAUGGAUACAUGUAAUGUUAGCAAUAUUUCCUCAGUGACUGCGCAAGAAAGGACGAAAUAUAAAGGCGUUUUACUUUGCAUUCAAUUAACCCAUUAAACAUUGCCAUUAUUGUUA